UAAAGGUAAGGAGCCGCUAUCAGAAAAUUUGUAGAGUAUUAAUUAUGUUGCACCUUCUAGAAUACUAGAACCAUGAGGACAAGGUUAACUCCCAAGUCCUAACCAUGAAGUCCUGAAGCGUUGGUUACAACCGACGGUUGGAGCUGGGCGUGGAGUAAAUUGGAGAUUACUGGAAAUAGGAGACGGACAGACGGUAUCCCUGCCGGCUUCUUCCCUGCGCUACGUUUUGGUCGUCCGCCUUCAUCUCCGCCUCCCUCUGGCGGCCACUUUGCUCCAAUCUGUUCAUGGUAGUACCUGGCCGCAGCAAUGUCAGUUCUGGAUUCGUGCAAACAAGUUCUCAAGAUCCAGAAAUUCCGGAGGCUUGUCUCGUAUAGUGUAUUCUACUGUUUCGUGGCCACUCUAAGCUAUGCUUACACAAGUAACACUACAAGAGCAGGAAUUUCCAGAGGCGAUCAAUUCUAUGCUUCUUUUCCUGCUGGAACAGAGCUGCUGACUGACACUGCAAAGCUGUACAAAGCUGCCCUCGGCUACGUGUUUGAAGAGGAGGAAUGGGGUCCAAUAGAGUUCUCUGUCAUGGCGAAACAUUUUGAUCGACAAGGGAAGUCACCAUAUGCAUAUCAUGCUCAAUACAUGGCGCAUCUUCUUUCUCAUGGACAACUUGAUGGAAGUGGUUCAUAAUACUCUUGAUAACACACAAGUUGAAUACGAUGUUGCAGACUGUUGUCGCUUUCUUGUACUUUUACAUUUCCAAAAGUUAUAAAGAGUUGCUAGUGAGAAACUAUUGUCCUUCUGAGACAAUUAUAUGCUGCAGUUCAGGAUGUAGCUGGUAGUGUUUUUUUCUAUAAACUAUGCUAGCCAUUAUCUUAAAUGAUACACAAGAUGUUUAUGGA